CUUACAGUUUUUGGUUCCUCACUUGGAAGGAACAAAGCUGCACUCUUCUCGAGUGCCCUGGCCUGUCCUUUCGGUGUCUAUGGGGCUCCCGGUCAAUUCCCAAGUCUCCCAAAAUGUUCCCUGGAUUCUAACCCAUCCUACAUCCUCAGACCAGUGUCACUGUGAUUCCCCACUCGGAAAAACCUGGUUCUACUGGCGGUUGCCUACCAAGAGCAGUAGUGAUCUUUGCGAUUCUGUUUUCUCUCUUUAUGUGGUGACGAGGCAUCAAACUCCAUACCAAGUCUUCGAGGUUGUUUCGACAUCCAACCUCUUGGGAGUCCUUGGAAGACACAUUCAGCUUCUGGAGCAAUUUCACCAGUGCCACCUAUGAACCGUACUGAACCUCAAAUGGCAGGACAAGAUUCCCAACAGCGAGAAAUCGGAAUGCAGGCGGCUCACCAGCAUGGAAGCGGUGUUCCCAGCAACUCGGAUCCAGUGGGAAGGCCACGUGAAAAGAAUGGAUGACAGCCGGAUACCUAAUAAUCUGCUGUGGCAGCUGAAGCGUGACUUCCCCCAGGCUCUGAUCUUCAGCACCGAUGACUUCUUCGUCAGGGAAGAUGGCACCUAUGAGUUCAAUCCUGAUUUCCUGGGAGAAGCACACAAGUGGAACCAGGAAAGAGCCAGGACAGCAAUGAGGAAUGGCGAGUCCCCCGUAAUCAUCGAUAACACCAACCUGCAGUCCUGGGAGAUGAGGCCGUACGCAGUCAUGGAGAAACAUUCACGGGGUCUCAAAAGAAAAAAUCAGGCGGAUGAAAGAAUGGUACGAGCACGGCGUCACCUUCCAGGGCGUGCUCCACUCAGAGAAGCCGAGCGGGGCGGGCAGACCCUGGGACCAGCGCGACCCAACUUACCCUGGCCCGGCGAGACCCUGGAGCUCCUGCCCCGCCGGAUUCCCUGGCCAGAGAGCGCCGCUCCCUCCACGGGGGGGUUUCCACCGCCGAUACCAGAGCUCCUCGUGACUCGGUUUAUCCAGCCAAUUAACGCUUUCCUCAGUCGACCUGUGGAACUUUUGUACUCCUCUCCAUUCCCUUUCAGCGCUCCGAUUCCAGGGUGCUUCCUGAACCGGAGCAUCUUCGGAUGCGAGUCGUCCUUGUCCCCACCCAGCAGCCCCGGGGUCGACGAGUGCCGCGGGCCCCCAGAAGGCAGAACCGUAAAGGGGAAACGUCUUCGUGGUGUGGGCUUGGGGAAACUGGUUUUUGGGGGGUGAAAACCAUUUCUUUUGCUCUCCACAGUCUUGGGGGCCUGAUGGCUCCCCCAGAGCGACAGCUUUGGGGAAGGGCAGGCCCUAGGAUCGCCCUCGACUUUGAUGCCUUUCCACAAACCGACCUUUCACAAGGGGCUGGAGCCGGGAGAAGCCCCCGUUGGCAACGGGACUUCGGGAUCAGGUACCUGCGCUGGAAUGCUAAGCGGGGUGGAGAAACCCCCCUGUAAUUCACAGUCUUUUCGACUGUGAGCCCACUGUUGGGUAGGGACCGUCUCUAUAUGUUGCCAACUUGUACUUCCCAAGUGCUUCGUACAGUGCUCUGCACACAGUGAGCGCUCAAUACGAUUGAUUGAUUUACGGGUUUGAGUGGAGGCACAAGAAGCCAAGUGCGGGUGAGGAGGGACGGCGAAGGAGACAGUCUGCAUUGGUGGUAGGGGAUGCCCUGGCCUCUUCACACCACAGAAUGCAAGUUCUGUUCCACUUGAUGAUGAUGGUAUUUGUUAAGCGCUUACUAUGUGCCAAGCACUGUUCUACGUAUUGCAGUAGA